UUGUGACAUCAAAAAAAUACGAUUUCACUUGCAAAUGCGCUGAAUUUCUAAUAAUUCCGGCUCUGGAUUUGUAGUUAAAAAAUUCUUUACAAUAAUUACGUGCUGGCCGAUUCAAACACACAGCGAAUUGCAUUUAUCUACACUAAUUAAGACAUUAGUGUAUUUUUUGUGUUUUACACGCGGUUUAAAACAUUUUGUGUUUAUUUUUGUAUUUUUAUUUACCAGUGAUCAUUGUUAAUACUCUACAAACGUAGCACAUGAAUCUUUAUAGCUCUUGGUGUUAAAUAACCAGCUGUUAUAUGAAAUAUCAUUGAAUAAUUUGUUGGUGUGGAAUUCCUGAAAAUUACAAAAUGAAUAACAAUUUCCUGUCCUCACGAGCUAUGAUGGGUGCAGCUAUAGUGGGCCUGGUGGGAGCAGCCGGGGUCUUCAUUUACGAACAGAUAUAUGCAGAGAAACGGAGAGCCAUGCUAGUGCGAGAAGUGGCACGACUGGACAAACAAGUGACGUCGAUGAGGUCAGAACUAGAGGCGCUCAGGGAGCUUCAGAAAGAAACUCAGCUUCGGCGAGCGAAGCAGAGAGAGAAGCAGAAGCGCGACCGAGCGGAGCGUGCCGCGCGCGCGGCCGGCGAUGCGACCGACGCUGCGGAGCGCAGCUACGCUUCUGACUCCGAGUAUUUCACUGAUUACCAGUCCGUCAUGGGCACAGACCACGAGAUGGACAGCGAAGAGUUCUACGACGUGCACACCGAUGACGAUGAUGACGACACUCUGCGGGAGUCUAUAAGGAACGGACACGUCACCAACGCGCUUGACGAGGACCCGUCAGACAAGGCUGACGACCAAAAAUCAACGCAAAAGAACAGUACAUAGCUACAGCAGAUAUCAAGAAUCGUAGUGUCAAGUAAAUGGGUAUGGGGAUAGACCACCGUAGCUGUAUAUAGGUAUUUGACGAAAGCGACUGUCGCUUAAUGUAGAUUGUUAUAUAACGGGAGGACGUCGCACACUUAUCAACCCGGAAACGGAUCGUAACCGUAUCAACUCGAGGCGGUCAGUAUUUGUAUGAAACUCCAUACCGCAACGCACACUUAUCCGCACCGUAACGUAAACGCCUCGCCUCGCGGUUGACACCUUGUGUUGAUCCCUUUCCGAGUUGAUAAGUCUGCUAUGACCUUAACGGGAAAUAUUGAUAUGAAAUACAUUCCUCUGAAUCAAAGUUUUGUUGUAAACAAACAUGAUUGUAUUUUGUACUGAAAUGACAUUUAAAAUGAUUGGCACUUACAAAUACAGGUUUAGGCUGGGUUUCACAAUGUUACUUUAACUUUGACAAACGUCAAAAAUCUGUCAAACUUACAAAAAACACCGGUUAUCGUUAAAGUUACGGUCAAAGUAGGUGGUGCAAAUCAGCCUUCUUAUUUCUGUCACUGGUAAUAAUAAAAAAGAAAUAAAUAAAAUAAACCGACUGUUUACGAAAAUUGACUUAAAAUUUUCAAGCUGAAUAAUUUUGAUAUAAUCAUUGUCACUCUCACUAUUAAGACGAAUCUAAGCCUGUACACCUAAGAUGCGCACCACUAUAAGCUUUAUAUCGAUCUAACCUGAUAAGUCCAUACUUUUGUCGUCUAAAAUUUAUCGAUAUGAUUUUAUCAUGGCGCGAAAUUAAAAUCCAUCAAGUCGUUUAGGCUACAGAGCGUCCCAAAGAAAUAUACAUGCAUACACUCGAAAAAACAGAAAUCCUGGCGCAGUCAGGUAAAAAGACGCUGAUCUAAAGAUAUGACAAUUUAUAGGCACUGACGAAAUCAUAUUUUGAAAAAAACCUUCUUAGCCUAGGCGCAGACCACGGACUUUUAGUUGGCCGAUAGGUUGGCCCGAUUCUAAUUUGUAUGAAGAAACGGCCGAUACCAAAUCGGUGUAAUGUGCGCACUUUCAUACAUCUCUAUACUGAU